GUACGCAGCGCCCGCGAACACUCGCUUUCUAUAUUUGAACCAAACAGCGCGUUGCGUUUUCAAAAAAGGUUCUGUUCCUCCUGGUGAUAUAAUAUUAUUUUUGUACAAAGAUGUUGAGCUGGAGGUGCUUGGUGGCGCUGUGCGCGCUGGUGACCCUGGCCAGCGGGGCUGCGGACACCGCUUCAAGAUUCCCCGAGCUGCAGCCCGGCCAGCAGGCGGAGGUAGACGCGAUGGUCAACAACCUGCUGCACUGGAUACAAGGCUUUUAUCAACAGAGGAAUAGGAAAGCUCGUCAAUACUUCGGAGGAAAACCGGAAAGACCGAGGCCGUUUGAACCUGCUUCCUACCUCCCACCGUCUGGGUACCCCCCCGCUGGUGUUCGUCCAACACCCGCAUACGAUGAGGGCCCUUCAGCGAGUCCAGGCUACCAACCUAGCUCCCCAUCACCUAGCCAACCACCCUAUCAACCCAGCCAAUCAGACCAAGCACCUUAUCAGCCAAGCCAAGCUCCUUACUUGCCAAGCAAACCCUUCCAACCUAGUUUUCAACCUAGUCAACCGACCCAAUCAUCGUACCAACCUAGUCAACCUUCAGAAACAUCUUUUACAUCGAGCCAAGCCGGACAACCUUUCUCACCGUCAUACCAACCUAGCCAACCAUCUUUACCACCGUACCAAGGUAGCCCAUCGACUGACCCAUCGUUUCAAGAAAAUCAACCAACUCAGCCUUCUUACCAACCGAGUCAACCAUCCUACCAACCGGACCAACCUACUUACCAACCGAGUCAACCGACGUAUCUACCGAGUCAACCAACAUACCAACCUAGUCAACCAACGUACCAACCCAGUCAGCAGCCAUCCUAUCAACCAUCUCAGCCUAGUUCACCCACUUCUUCGCCAUACUUCCCAGAAGAAACUACUUUACCCCCCUACAACACUCCUCAGCAACCAGAAGAAGCUCAAACAGAUUCAACCAAACCUGACAUUGACAACAAUGAGCAAACAACUGCGCCGUCUGCUCCAGAUGAUGACGACCGCCACCCCCCUCAUAUCCACGCUAUCACAGUUGACUGCGGCAAAGAGAUGAUGACCAUCAAUAUUGAAUUCAACAAAGAGUACAAUGGUAUCAUAUACUCACAAGAUCAUUACAAUGAUCCUGAAUGUGUGUAUGUAAGGGAAAAUUCGAAUCAAAUUAAAUACUCAUUUACCGUCAGCUUGAACACGUGCGGUACAAGAUUCUUUAGUGAUUUCGAAAACGAGGGACAAGCUUAUUUAGAAAAUGUAUUAGUUUUGCAAAACGAAGUGGGAAUUCAAGAAGUAUGGGAUCAGAUCCGAAGAGUAAGAUGUUUGUGGCAAGGAAAUUUGACGAAGCAGCUAGUAUCAUCUCUUAGCGUGGGAAUGUUGAACCAAGUUAUAAGUAACUUCAGCGGUGACACCGCCAUGGCUCGAUUGGAUAUUCAAACUGGCAAAGGACCAUUCGCACCAGAAGCCAAUGGACUUAUUAAGAUUGGAGAGACAAUGACUCUAGUUGUUUCUGUAACAGGAGAUGCUGGUUUCGAUAUUCUCGUCAGAGAAUGUGUCGCUCGGGAUUCUGGAAGCCGUCAUGUCGUACCACUGACUGACAGUAAUGGCUGUGUUCUCAAACCUAAACUCUUCGGAUCCUUCCAAAAGACGAGAGACACAGGUAAUACCGGGGCUUCAAUAAUUGCAUACGCAUACUUUAGUGCUUUUAAAUUCCCUGAUGAAAUGGACUUGAUAAUCCAAUGCGAUGUUGAACUGUGUAAGACAGACUGUGAAGCUUGUCCCAACCCUGGCAGCCUGGAACCAAAGAGAAGACGACGAGAUGUGAUUCAUGUUGGGAAUAGAACAGUAGAACCUGUGACGUCGAUAGGUAAAGGAUUACGAGUAGUUUUUGCGGAAGAUUUACCUCAGGACAAUUCUGGGUUCUGCAUCUCUCCUGCAGCGGCGAUGUGGGGCAGUCUUCUUGUUUUAGCAGGGUCUUUAAUGAGCAGCUUAGCUGUGACACUUUGCUGGCAAAGGUCUCGAGGAUCUAUGAAAUUUUCAUAGACGUAUACGAUGUUGAAUUCUUCAGUAUUUUAUUUACUGUCUCAAAUACUCUAAAUGCGAUGAUGCAAUGCGUAAUGUUAUCAAUUAAACAUAGAAAAUAAGAAUGCAAAGAAAGGUAUUCAGUGUAAAUAAAAGAAGCAACAAAAAUACAUUAACUAAUUUAUCACUGCCAAGGAUUCAGUUGCGAAAAUAUAUUGAGGAUGAAGUGUAUUCUCAAAUUAAUUUAAGUUUCUCGCAAAAACAUUAUGUACAAUAUUAAGAUGGUCUUUAUUUAUA